GGGAAUUUCAAACAGACAAGGACAUAGUUUUGUUUCUGCUCAUUGUGUAUUUUUGAAAUUACUUAUCAUUCCUGUGGGCAUAUACAAAUGAUGGGCUUAUAACAAUGUGAAACGCGUUUCUAGUACUGGCAACUCAGCAUUUAAUAGACAAUUUAAUGGUCGGUGGAGCUACCAUAGUGCAUACCUGGUCAAUCUCGAGAUAGGGUAAAUUUUGGGGAAACCGCAAUAGAAAACUUUGGGAAACCCCAAAACUUUCCCAGGUCGGGGGAAAAUCUCCAAAGUUUUGGGGAAAUAUCAGGUUUUCAUCAAUGAAUCUUAUAACACUGGGGUUUUCUCUCAAAUUUCCCUAAACUUUAGGAAGAACUACCAUAUUUAUUACGACUAUGUGGAAAACUCCAAACUUUACCCAAAUUCUCGUAAAGUAGAGAGGUUGGGUGAAACUUUAAUUAGCAUGUUAACUACUGUCCAAUUUGUAAAUCAACGAUGUCCUCCAACUCCUGUAUUGAUUCAUCAGAUAGAGACAUCGGAUCGACGACGUUGUGAUAUUCUUGUUGGAAUUGUGCAUCAGAUGUCGGACACAUAUCCAGCAAAUGUGGAGGGGAGACAUGUCCUAUUGGUCUAUCAACUUUUAGCAUUGCGGUCAGUUUCUCGACCACUAUUACAGAUUUUCACUCAUUUGGCUAAACAAGCAUAUCGAAGCCUGAAUUUAUAUGGUCUUUAUAUUUUGAUGUAUCGAAUUCAGUUGUAUUGCCUGAUAGCUCUUUAGAUAGCCACCCUCAUUCCAAAAUCCAAUAUCAGAAACGUUCUGCUUCAAACUCGUUUCGAAGGCUGUCACACUCAGUCAGUAUAUUAUUGUAAGACAAAACGAGUUGUCACGCUUGGUGCUAUAGUAUACAUGUCAUAAGUGAUGGUCUCAACCUUUAGUGGAAUGGGUUUAACAUUGAAGACUUACUAAGUAACCUAAGGACUGCACAUAUUCUAUUAUCACAUGACCGUUUGGAUGGUGUUAUCACCUGUUACAGUUACUUAGCUGUCAGUCAUCCUGGCCACUGGCAAGUCAUAAAAAUAUCCUCUGUCGAUUAGUAAACAUGAGACUAAAUGACUGACAAAACCGGUUUAAUUAUUCAACAGUCCAGGGUAUGUGUAGGAAUUCGAAAACGAACCUCUACAAUGAGUGUGACACAUAAUGUUUGGGGUACAUUACACCUAUUUAGAGGUUAAAAUCACACAAUCGAUUAGCGACUUCUUUUAAAAGGAUAUUAAAGAUUUCUCAGUUUAGCUUGUUUUUACCAACAUUUUUAUUAAUGAUUGUGUCAGUAUCUCGGAGACUAAGCAGUCUAUACUCGACGACUGGACCGACUUUUUGCAAAUGGAAAUGUCUACCUGUGUAGGAGGGUGUUAUUCAUACAUUAAAGCGCACGAACUAAUCUUAAAUUCCUCGGGUUGUGUUGCACGAUCUGACCAGGCUGGUUAAAUAUGGUCGAGUUAGCUUUCGGAUGUUAAAAGAUUUAUUGAUUAUUAAGGAUGCUAGAUUCUCGGCUUGCACAAACUACCUGUUUGUCUGAUUUAAAACAGGCCAGUGGUGUUUCCUUAAGAAAUGUUUAUCGUAAUAUCUAUUGUUAAAAAUAUCCAGUCAAUGUAGCUUUAAGUGUUUUUAAAAGCGUGAGGGCGAUUGGCACUUUCUGGUUUCCUACACCGUGAAAGGAUACGUCUUAACGUACCUAAUAAGGAAACUGAGUUAAUGGUGGUCUUAGUGACCCAAGGGAGAAACUAUGACCCUAAGGAACAGUUGCUUGGGGCCGGUCAUACAGCUAUUUUAUACGUAGUCUUAUAUGCGUUAGCUUCGUACUUUUAGAACCUUAUCUCCAGCGGAAGUCUAUGAGAUAAAUUGAGGUGUAGUAUUCUUAUGGCUACCUUUUCUAACUUUCUGUUGUGCAAAAGAGUAUCGCUACAGAUAGUGGUUGUCUGUAAAAAACACACUACUAUUAUCAUACUCCAGUGCAAUCUGUAGUACAAUUUCGUCUUAAGUUUCUCCUUUUAUUCUAGCCACUUUCCAGCUUAGCCUCUUCGUUACUAUUUCCCUUUAUUUAUUUAUUUGAACACAUAAAUAUUGGUACAAGGAGGCACCAAAUAUAUAUGCGCCACACAUUUCCAUUAGGAAUAAUCAAAGACAUUAACUAGAUGGACUUCCUACUUUUUUCUCGUGAUUUUUGCAUAUUUCCUAUUUCAUCUUUUGAAAUUUUCUAUUUUUCAGAGUUGUGUAAGUGAUGCAGAACCAGUCAGUAAAUCAAUCGAAUAAUCAUCAAACUAAACGUAGCUCAUAUGCAAAUUACGGUAAACAGCUUCAGAAUUCAGUGUCUGGCCAACAACCACACCAACAACAACAGAUUUGGCCGUCGUCUUUGCCAACAGGUUGGAGACGUGAAGAAUGUAUGCGACCUAAUGGAUUAGGCACUGGGAAGUCAGAUGUUUAUUAUAUUAGGUAGUCUAUGUAUUACUAGCUAAUCUCAUUGAUUUCUAUUUCUCUCCCUCCCUCCCAUAUUAUUUGGCAGUCCUCAAAAUCAAGUUGUACGAAAUAAACAAGAAAUGCAAACAAUUUUAGGUGAUAAAUAUGAUAUUGGUCUGUUUGAUUGGAGAAUGGGUAAAUUUGUGAUGAGCAACAACAACAGUAAUAAUAAUACUAAUAAGUCGAAAAGGCUGGAAGAACCAACUGCAGACACAUCAGCAUCGUCACCAUCAGCUAAAGUUCCGCGUGUAGAUAAUCAGUGUAGUUUACCAAUGAGAAGGUGUCCAUUCCCGAUAACAAAUGACGUUAAACCGGUUAUUGUACGUUCUCAUCCUGAGUGUAAGCGAACAGAUGUAAAGAAUACCAAUCAAGAAACUCCUCAUCAGUUAUUUUGGGAAAAACGAUUAGCUGACCAUGUGGCUAUUGAUCCGGAUACUGGCGAAUCUUUCAAACCCUUUUUUUUGCCUAAAGGAAUACAGAUAUGUGUGGUGCAUUUUGAUGUAACUGUGACGUAUAAUCCUAUGGAUUUCUUAGUCAUGAGGGUAAUAAGGGUAAUAUUAUAAUAAAACGUUAUUCUGGUCGUUAUCUUCACCUCCUAAUCGGCCACUUGAAGUAGAAGGAGCUCGUUUACCGAUAAUGGUCAAGAGAAUGUAAUUUUUUUAUCAGUGGGUGCUUACUAGUUAUAAGCGCGCUUUAUGUUCAAAUGAUCUGUUCAAGCGAGCAAUAUACAACAGUUUGAAUAUAUAACAGUAAAUGUUUACUUUGGAAUACAUUUAUAUAAAUCACUCUUUUCCUCUUAUGCUAGGUGCUGGAGUACCAGGUUAUCAACCUGUUCAGUUAGUCCAUAGUUUAAUUCAUGCGUUGUCAUCAUCAUCCUCUAAGAUUUCUCCAAUUAUUGGUCAAGAGCAACAACCUUCAGCUAUUGAGAAAAAUCCCUGUGUUGUUAUUAAUCAUUUACAACCAAUGAUUAAGGUACGUUCACCUAUUUUAUAAUAACUAUGCACUCUUGCUGUUAUCUAUCUCCACCAAUUUAUUUCAUAAAUCACAAUGUCUUGAACUGACUGAAGUUCAAAACGUAAACUAGUAAAUUCUAACUCCGUAGUUUAAAGUUUAAGCACUCACCAUGACAAUUGAACGUCCUGGGUUGCACUUUCGACUGGGUCGUGGAUACGCGCUGCUGAGGAGUCCCAUACCAUACUAGGACAAAACAAGUGCCCAGUGCCUCACUGUUUUCACUAGUCAUCCAGGUUCAGUUCGUGAUGUAAACCUUAAAAUCGAAAACAGCUGAUAAUCAUUCUUGUCAGGUGUCAUUACAUUGACUAUAUUUGUUUUAUUUGAACGCAUAAAUAUUGGUACAAGAGAGCACCAAAUAUAUAUGUGCCACACAAAACAGUGAAAAUGAGAAGAGAAAAAAGAAGGUAAGGAGCGUAAAAGAAAAAAAGAAGGACAGUAACGACCAGAUUAGUGUAAGGUAGUGUAAUAAUAAUAAUAAUGGGGGAGACGGAAAGGUACAACCAAAAGAAAUCUUUCAGUUGAGGGAGAUACAACCACUUUUUAUGAAGAAAGUAAAAGGAGGUUACAGCAGGAUCGCCACUGACUUAUAUUCUGAGCCAUAUCUGAUAACGUCUCUAGCCACCGUGUCACACCAUCUCUCGGACCCCAACCAGAGAGUCGUGAGGGACCAACAGAAACCUGUUCUGUAUAGUUUUCUCUCGUACCCCGACACCAUGUCAUACACUGACCACCUCUCGGAUUACAUGUUCACCACAUUCCUCGUAAACACUAAAUACUUAUUUAACCUAUAGUUAAUCCAAUACCGAUGAUUAAUUGAUCACAAGAGUCGCUUUAUAAGUAAUACUAGCUAAUAUCAGUCACUAUCAUUUUACAUGUGCGCGUGUAUAUACCGUUUCUAACGUAACAAUAAUUUUUUCCAAAUAUUCACCUUUCACCUAAAGAAUUUACAUUCCUUGCUGUCAAAUGGUCUGUUUUUCUCCAUUAAAUGCCAAUUAUUUCCUCCCAACAACAGAUAUCCGAACACGAUAAAAACUAGCUAAAAAAAUAACUCACAUUUUUUUUGGCUCGUUUGUCUUUAUAUUAGUCUCAUUUAACGACUCAAUUUUGAAGUUUGCAAUCGAUAAAGUCUGUGAUGAUAUUUCGCUAAUGGUAGCAUGUUUGGAAUACAUUUCUGACCUAAAUGCACAAAUGUUGUUUCAGAACUAGUCUUUAUCAUCACAAGAUUACAUACUACUUAUAAGCAAUCUUGUCAGUCUGAUCUUCUGAAUAACCUGGUUUCCUUCGUUUCUAAAAAAUCCCUUGACUAGACAUUUAUUGUAACCGAUGACGAUAUACGUCGACAAGAAGCUCGUGUCAAAGAACUACGAAAAAAACUGGAAAUUGCAAGAAAAAAAUUACAUCCGGUAAGUGGGCUUUUUCUUUGUUCAAUGAAAAAAUCUGUAAAAGUAUAGAAAUGAAGCAGUCAGAACUGAGGAAAUUACUUUCUAGGAAAGAAUGACUCGUCUAUCACAUCAAAUGAACAACAGAAAUACUUUUUUAUGAUGCUCAGAUCAUUUAAAAUUCUUAAGAAUUGUUCUUUUUGUGGUGAAACUGUACCAUACCGACGACCUGAAAUUAUUUUAAGAGCGACUUUAAGACCAGUCAAUCAGUGAAUAGCCGAUCAGGGUGCGUCUAUCAUGAGUUUAUUUAUUUAAACACAUAAACAUUGUUACAAGCGGGCUCCAAAUAUAUAUGCGACACACAAUAACAAUAAGGUUGUGAAGAGAUAAUGUAAAGUGGGUAUAAUAAAAAAUAAGAAUAACAAUGAACAGAAAUUAGUGUGUAAGAGUGAAAUAAUAACAAUGGGAAAAACAGUUCAGUUAGGAAAAAUACAACCCGGAAGAAUUCCUUCAGUUAAACUAGUUAUGUUCAUUCUUAUGAAUAAGGUUACAACAGGAUCACCACUGGCUUAUAUUCUGAGUCAUGUCUGAUCAUGUCUCUAGCCACGGUGUUACACCAUCUCUAGGUCCACAACCAUGGAGUCGUGAGGGACCAACAGAAACCUGUUCUGUAUAGCUUUCUCUCGUACCACGACGCCAUGUUAUACACUGACCACCUCUCGGCUCUUUUCAACCAGUCCCAGAGUCGGCAAAUAAUGCACGACGUGGAAUUCUCUGGGACGAUAUUCGUAGAAUACGUCCAAGCCACCGAAGUCGAUGUUUCAAGAUGGUGACACCGAUUGGAUUAUCAUCUCUGUGCCCGAACACACGAUCCCGAACCUCUGCAUUACUAACAUGGUGUCGCCACUGGAUGUCAGCAAUCCUUCGGAGACAACGAUGAUCGAACACAGAGAAUCUCCUAACAUCCUCAACUCGGAGAGGCCAGGUUUCACAAGCAUAGAGCAGAACUGCUCUCACCGACGCGUUGUAGAUCCGACCUUUUACAGCCAGACUAACAUCACGAAGGCGCCAAAGAUGGCCCAAAUUGGCGUAAGCCGCUCUGACUUUCACUUUACGUGAAUUGAUCUCAUCACCAACACUUAUGCAGCUACCUAGGUACACGAACUUCUCGACUACUUCUAUCUGCUCACUACCCAGAUUGAGUGCAAGAUCAGGGUCCUGCUAGUCUUGUAAAAGUACUUUCAACUUGAAAUUGCAAAGCACAUGUCAUACAUACGAACACUGAAUGCCAACUGAUUAAGUGCGGAUUUUAAUGGCUUGGAUAUCAUCGCACAGUAAGACAAUGUCAUCCGCAUACUGAAGGUUGAAAAGGCUUUCUCUAGGCAACAAAUCUACACCAUCAUUAAUUACAUCCAUCAGAGCUGUUUGCAGAAUGUCAUCGAUAGCACAGUUGAAAAAAAGUGAGAUUAAGCAACCCUGCCUAAUGCCACCGCUUGAAUGGGACAGUGGAGAGAAUCAAUUUUUUAAGGUUUUGAACAAUCUACGAAAUAUGACAGAAGCCAACAAUUUGGACGCGAUCGGAAAUAGACAUAUCUCCCGAUAGUUGUUGCGGAGACGACGUGAACUUUUUUUAAAGAUAGGGACAACCAUCGACUCAUUCCAUGAUGUUGGGACACUCUAAAUACCAGACCUUUGUAAACAACUUAGUCAGUUCCUUAACCAGAAUGGCAUCUCGGACUGAUGUACGUACGUACGAAGUUCUACGCUGUUACUGAUUGACUAACCAGAAGGUCGGCACCAUCUUUAAAAAGGGUCGGAGUUAAGUCAUCUUAGCCUAGUGAUUUGUGGCGCAUCAUCAGUUGGAGUUCCUUGCAAACUCCCGUUUCGUUAGGUAGAUCAGUCGUCACCGGCCAUGGAGGGCAGGACAGUCUGAUCUAUGGCGCUGGUGUAGCGGACCACUUUAACCGUUCCUCGGAAAACUGUCCAUCAUCCAAGUCGUUGGUAAAUGUUAUUGAUUGGCAUCCCAUCAGCCUCACAGAUUGUUUCAUUCAUACCAUACUUCUUGGUUUCAUUAGCUCGAAUUAGGUAGAAGAGCUUCCUGCUGUUACCAAAUACAGCGGCUGCUUUCAACUCAUUAGCACGCUCCGACCACCAGGCUUCCCGGUCCUUAAACAAGAUUUGCACAAUCUUAUUACGUAGCAAUCUUCGUUUAUCUUCAAACUCGCGGUUGGCUGUAGUAGAUCGACAUGCUUCGUCGAGUUGUAAACAACCUGAAAAAACUCAGUACUUAUAAGCGGGACGUUUGGUGAAGCCGCAUUCAAUUUUACUCACCAUUUUCAUGGCGUCAUGCCAUUGCAGCCAAUGCUUAUCUGUACUUUUCGGUGGGCUGGUAGCUAGUCUUGAACCUAGCUUGGUCUGAUAUGUAGUAGCAAUAAAAGCUAAAACCAAUUUGCUAACAUCGAUCAGUUUAGAACGAUGAAUUUGUUGACCCAUGGGACGUAAAAUAAGGUUGGCGUAAACAUGGUCAUGUAUAAAAGUUCAGAUAGGAGCACCAGUCUUGUAGACAACCACGCCAGCGGUAGCUGAUCGCAAUGUGGUAAGUCUGGGUCCAGGCUUGAAAUACAGAGCGAGGAUACCUGGUAGCACAUCGGCGAUGACUGUGCUGACAGUUAGUGCUAGCCAGGAACAGGUUGUAAUCCGCACAAAGUUGCAGUAGACAGUCACCGUUAUCUGACUUGCGUCCAGCAAGUCUCCACUAGCCACCCAAACAACUCGCUAUGCCUAAACACCCGACCUGGACAUUCAAAUCUCCGACUGGCACUACAAUAACUGUCGACUUCACUUUCUGUAGAAGGACACUUAACUGGUGGUUAAACUCAUCCUUAGUUGCGUCAGGGCUUCAAUCUGUCGCGGCGUAGGCAGAGAUGACGAAAAGACAUUGUUUCUAAUCUAACAGCACAUAACUGACUGUUAAUGGGGAUCCAAUCGAUUAGUGCUGCCUCAGAUCUAGCGCUUAGUGCGACACCGACACCAGCAAGACCAGACGAAAAUGCCACAGGGUUCCUGGAUAAACGCAUGUGAAACAAACUUUUUAAAAUGGCAAGUGGAGUGGGAAUUCGCAUUACUUCAUUAGAGUGUUGAAUACGAGUUUCAGAUAGAAAACAAACAUCGAUGUUGAGGCUUUCGAAAGACAUAGCCAACCCUAUCUGUUGUCUGAUCUGCAUUAGCUUGCGAACUUUAAAAGAGGUCAGUUUAAAUGGUGUACGUGGUUUCAGAAAGACUGUUUCAGUAUUCCUAGUCGGUGGUAGCAUUCAAUUUCCUAUCAGUGAGUGACUUGAGGUCAUUUAGAUAGAACAGAGUUUUCACCAUAGGUGAGCUGCUAUAUAAGUUGAAAAAUAAAAUACACAAUGAGAAUGAAGGGUAGUAGAUAAGUGACGUAGUAUAAAGGAAGUAAAAACGAAUGUUACCAAAUGAUUGUGAAUAUGAUUUGUCAGAACGAUAGUUGAAGCAAGAAUAUUUUCUCCAGUAGUAAUUACCAUUGAAUUUGUGUGAUGGCUGGGAUACUGCCCGGGUAACCAAAUCAAAGCAGGUGGCUUUCUUGGCGAGCCACACCCCGAACCUUUUACCUAAAGGUCUAAUCUACAGGGCUGUGGAGCAACACUAGGAGAUGCAGUCCCAUGGCAGCCGGUGACCAACAAUAGGUUCGUAUUCCAUUUGUUUCCUCAGGACCCUGGAGCUCAUGUGCACCAUUGGUUUGGAGUCAGGGUUUUUUAACUCCCGUAGGUGGAACCUCCGUGUCCACCAGCCCUGUUAAAAUGCCUGACAUUCAUUUUUCGUCUUCUCGAUUCCGUAAACAACACUACCACCUCAUGAAAGCAACGAUUAGAACUUUCUUGGCAGUAACGAGACCAAUUGAGAGCAUUUCGAUAGGGAGAGCGAGCUCUUCUCACUCUCGGCCGUAACAUGGCAUUUGGGGGCUCUUUGAAAGAGUUCUAAAAUGCAAAAUAAACGAUAAAAUCACCAAGGAUUGAGGCGUAACAUGGUUGAUGAACGUAUUAGAGCUGGCUAUCGAUAAACUAGGCUAGAAGUCACAGUACUGUAACCCUAAAAUCUGGAUCCUAGCAAUUUAUUCCACGAAAAAAUCCAGUCUCUUAAUAAUAUGAAGUAUAGUCAAUAUCGUAUUUUCCAGCAACAAGUUACCGUCGAUUACCCUUUGAAUUCCCACUAAUAGUUACCCUCAGUUAUCUUGAUUUUGAUUGGUCGCUGAUGGCUAUAGGUGUAGUAUUGUAAUUUUACCUUUUUUGUUAUAGCGUAGAAGUAUUUACGUUAACGACAUCAAAUGUUCGCUUAUUGCUAUGUAAAUUUUGCACAACAUGUAAAUUGACCAGUUUUUGUAUCAAUCUACUGCGUUUAUAGUAAACUCAUAGAGAAGUAAUUUUGUUAGUGGUUGAGUGAAUAAUCACAAUGAUAGGCGAGUUGAUGAAGUAGAAGAAUGUUAAAAUAGGCGAUCUUCACAUGUGAUUGUUUUCUUAUAAUUCCAUCAUAGUUUCCUCAUUUAUCAGAUACGAUCUUGAGACAGCUUGAUGUCUGUAUGGCUAUUGCCUAAUGACCAGUAAGAAAUGAACUUGACAGAAGAAACUAAAGAACUUAAUCCCAUUGGUAAAAAUUAUACUCACCCUUCCAAAAUAGAAAUUUGUGUCGUUUGGAGAGUAUGUUGUAGUUGUACAAGAUAUGUACGGUAAACUUAAUCAUACUAAAACAUCGAUUAUUUUUAAUAAAACAUUCUAUUCAAACUCAUAGUUAUGUUUCUGUCACUUUGAUACCUGAUUGCAAAUAACAGUCUUUAGUUAAAUAAAUCUAGUUUUCCAUAUAAAUAUAAUAUUCUCUAGAAGAGUAAUUGCCACAAAAUGUCGACUACACCUAUGAUCUUUACAACACUUAUAUGAAAAUAAUUUAUACGGCAUUAGUAUGUAGUGUUUAUUUAGUUUUUAUGCAUGCUAUAGUCUACAUGAAUAAUUUUUCAAGUAUUGUUGGUUUUGGGUUUGACUCCGUUCACGGUUCUAGAUGAAAAUUACUAGUCUUAAAACAUGUUAUAUAUAACUGAUUUCCAUUGCUCACCGACAUCUCACCAUAAAUAACUUAAAUUCCCGAUAUAUAUUGAAUGUACGCUUUGUGUUCACUUUCUUUGUUAUUAUUAUUAUUAUUAUUAUUAUUAAUCAAUUAAUUAAUUAUUUACUCACUUAUAACUAGUUUCUAGAGGUAGUUUCAUGGAUUUCCAGUGAGAGCCUGUGACCAAUAGGGUCCAGUCAUGUUGAGUGUGAGUCAGAUAUACCCCAAUAAUAAUGGCAUUGGAAGGUGGUCAUACUAAAUCACUAAUUGAUAAGAGCUGGAAAUGUAAACGCCAACUCAGUGGUCUAGAUGUUAAGUGCUCUUUGUGAUACCUAAAGUCCCUGGGUUCAAUCUCUGAUGAACUUGCUGAUUCUCACCCCUGAUGAUUCGCAUGCUUGAACGAAACAGUCAUAUAAUCGUUCAUGGCUUUCAGUGAUUGUCAAAGUAGUGUCAAUGUGUUUGACAAAAACUGGAAAACUGGUUUUCUUAUUUUAGUGAAACGUUUAACAUAUAUUAUGUAACUAAGAUGUGAAGGUUUUAUAAUUUUUUGGCCGGUUUAUUUCAAAUUCUCAAAGUUUGUUUUUCUGUUAUACUUUUUUUCUUUUUCAUUGUCUCAGCGAUAUGAAACUGAACGAGAAGGAUGAACAUGUUUGUGUCUGUUUAUCAAUCGGCAAACAGUUGUUUCUUUUUUGUUAUUAUUAAUACCUCUAUUACUACCCGAUUGUAUAAACGGUCAUAGUACUCCUAAUUUCAGUAUUGUUGCGUUUUUCUUGUCAGGGUUCUAUUUUCACUUUGAGCCUUUUGUACAAAAAGAAUAAAUGUGUGUUCUGUGUGCAUGUGCAUAAAGAAAAGUCUCUAAUGCAACAUAGUUUUCCCAAUUGCUAUUCUUAUGUUAUCACUACUUUGGUCAACAAUAUGGUGGUUAAUUUAUAUUUUUCCGGUUAUAAAUACGUCGUACUUAACUUCGAAUCACACUCUAGUGAUGCCACCAAUUGUUUGCCUAAACUAAAAUAGCUAGAAUGUGAUUUAAACCAACGACUUAAUGUCUGAAAGUUGAACACCUUGACUAUUAAACCUGCUCUCUAUUUGCCGUGAUCAUAUUUAGUUUUCAAAUAGGAUCUAGGAUAUAUAUAUAUAUAUAUAUAUAUAUAUAUAUAUAUAUAUAUAUCAACAAUGUGACAACCGUACAUUAUCAAGAUUGAAUUUUUAAAUAAAGCUUUUAUUCUCCUAAAGGUAUUUUACGUGAUUCCAGAAACAAUAGUGACCAAUACAAGGACACAUCAAUAUUAUACGUAAUUUUUAAAAUGAUUAUGCCAUGAACUACUUGCCGCUCAUUAAUUAAACGGAAAAAUGCUAGUAAUUUCACACAUUGAAUACUAAUGAACGGAUGCACUAAACAUUCAUGGAUAUGUAACUUAUCCCAUCCAAUUUAUUCCACAUCCUUUAUAUUAAUAUCAAAAUUCGGAAAGUUUAAGGAAGGUUCUUAAAUGUGAUGAGAUCCAUUGAGGUGAAAUAAGAAUAAUUAACUUAACCUGAGAUCGUUGGUCCCAUGUAAUUUAACUUCGCAGCUUAAGACGUUGCCACUAAGUUAUUUAGGCUGUGAUUGACCUGUUAGACGGAUAUAUUUACAUUGAUUGGUUCAUGAGCAGUGACAUGUGUCAUGUAUGUAUAGUCUCUUAACGACGAUCGAAGCUGAGUGACGUGGGAUCUAAACUGUCACAGAAAACCAGUUCCCUGCAGACUACAUAUGCACGCUUCUGACGUGUCGCGAGUAGUACGAAACAUACGCCCACGAUUUCUCGUUCACUACCUCCAACAUCUCAACAUAGUUCACGCUAUACCUCUCACAUUGUAACGUAAUCUAUAGGAUCCAAUUGACACUAAAGACAGUCAGUCAGUAACAACGUAGAACUUCAUACGUACGUACAUCAGUUCGAGUUGCCACACCACAUUAGCACAGAGAUGCAGUGGUCGAUUCAAAUCCCGUAGUGGUAGAGGUAAUAAGAGUACAAGCAGUAAUCGGGAAGAUUAGUGUUUGGAGAUGUUAUUUAAAGAGUAUAAUACAGUGAAAUAAAUUUGGAAAGAGA